AUGAAAGCCCGGGAUGAGGAGCAGAUUGACAGGUGGGCUCUGACUGUCAGGGUGACGCUCGCGGAGGGGUGGAGUAAAGAGCUCGGGCUUGGAGAGGCAGCUGCAUGUUGCGCAGCGUCGGCUCUGUCCACAGCGGAGACAAAGAUCUCCAUCUCCUCGGACAGAGACCACAUGACGCCUCAGACUCCACACUGUUUAGUUUUCCGCUGA